AUGCAAUCGGGAGAAGGCUCAACCACUAUAGAGUCGACUCUCAAGGAAGUGCUAUCCGGGGGAGGCGCAACUGCCGUCGCCUUGGCUCAAAACGAGGUGUUACCCGGGGGAGGUGCAACCAGUAUUGAGGCAGCUCAAAACGAGGUGCUACACGGGGGAGGCGCAACCAAUACUGUGGCAACUGAAAAGGAUGUGCAAUCGGGGAAAGGCCCAACCACUAAUGAGGCGACUCAAAAGGAGGUGCUAUCGGGGGGAGGCGCAACCAUUUCCGAGCCAACUCAAAAGGAGGUGCUAUCUGGGGGAGGCUUGACGGCAGAAGCAGAGGAGGGAACGCCGGAGCUCCAGAUUCCCCUGCAACCGCGAGCCGUCGUGUUCACAGCGUCACCUUCCUCCGUGUUUAUGUACCGAAAGCCGGAUAGAAUAGACGAAGGGCUGUACCUGGGAAGCCUCAACUCCGCCUCAAACAGAGAAGCGCUGCUGGAGCUGGGCAUCAAGAGUGUUGUGACUGUAGCGAAUGACACGGGCGCGCCUCCGUUCCCCGACACCUUCUCAUACACGCUGGUGCACGUGGCGGAUGCCAUGCACGUGGAUCUAACUACUCACUUUGAAGGGUGCUUUGAAGCCAUUGAAGAGGGCAGGAGGGCUGGAGGCGUGCUGGUGCACUGUCUAGCAGGUGAGGGUUGGAUGCUACAUUGCGUGGCAGGUGAGAUACAGCCAUUCAUGUUCCCCAACACCUUCUCAUAG